AUGAAGUUGAUCAGCCGACUAAGUGUUGAGUUUACUCACGAUAUCAAGCAUGAGUACGCCAGGGGGGCAUCGUGUAACCACCGUGAAGAUCAACAGCCAAAGCUCAAAAGUGAGCUAGACAAGGUCAAUUUUCAGCUUAGGAACACGAUCGUUAGGCUUCAAUUUGACUUUGGCGGACAAGUAAACUACGGCACGGGCUUCUUCAUUAACCUACCUUCUACCAAGUAUGAUGUUAUCCUGACGGCAGGCCACAAUCUCAUUAGCGAGGAGAAAGUCAAGGCUCGGAAUCUGACAGUUAUCUACCAUGGCAACCAUAAGGAGAAGGUGACUGAAUUCAAGAUCUGUCCCCAGUAUGAGGAGUCUCUUGGAACGAACCCCAGGCUACCCACCCACGUCAAUUAUGAUUACGGUGUCAUUCUAUUACCAAAAGACGAGGGCCAGGCAGAUAAGAGGUUGGGCCUAGGAUUGGAUCUUAGCCUCAAUAUUGACCCCUCUUUACAGGGCUUGAGGGAUGCAUUCGUCAGCGGUUAUGGAGAUGGGGUUGGCAGUAUGACUCUUCGAACGUGCUUCAGUCCCCUCAAAGGAUUGGGAAACAAAAUUGAAUACUACCUGGAGUCGAAAGAACAGGGCAUGAGUGGAUCACCUAUAUGGGUGACACACGAUGGUCAGAUGACUGUUAUUGGAAUUCAUAAUACGACUCCCGAAAAGAAAGGUGCGAGAGGCAUAGGAACAAGGAUCACGGAAGAAGUGUUUCGUACGCUGUGCCUCUGGACACAAUCUGGUUUCUUCGAUAGACGAUUUUGCGCUCCCGGCGGGAAAACCAAAUCACACAACACAUAUCUGUCUUUUUCUCAGAAUGAAGACUCUGCCAGUGUUUUUCUGGGAUCUUCUUCUGCGGCCGCCGAUAGGAAUAACUUGACGUUCGAUAUUGUACCAGCAUACAUCUUCCCCAAAUGGGCAAACAGAUCUCCCCUUUACGCAUUCAAGUUCCGCAAGCCACCUUCUUGUAGUGACAGGAAGAAAUGUUGGGUUGAGUGGCAACCAGCAACUCAACAAGCUGUACUGGUUGAAACUCUGAAGGAUAUACACUUCGUCAGGCUCAUCCAGCGGCCAAGAUUUAAAGCAGCGAGAUAUUUUCUUCUCCUUCCAGACAUACCCAAAGAUGGGGGAGACGGCCAAGAGCUGAGACUAUAUGACGAUGACCGAGACCAAAGCGAUAUUGACGUUGGAAAGACAGAAUUUGGGGGAGUGUCCUUUGGAGAAUUCAAAGAGCGUGGUAUUGUUGGAAGUCGAACAUUCAUGAUUGAAUAA